CCGUGCGGCAACCUGAUGACUCAUUUAAACUCAGGGGAGGGAGGCAUUUUGUUUUUGCUUCUUUUUGUUUGAGUCGUGAUCUGUUCAUUUUUUCUCUCACUUCAGGAAAGACAGAAAGCAGAAGGUUAUGGUGGCUGCGGCUCCCCAGCACCCAGCAGAUCUAGGACCCCAGGCCCAGAGUAUUCAUUCUGGGCCUCCUCCUGUACGAGGACCUAGGCCACCCAUGCCUGGUUCCUUUAGAGGACCACACCUGGAGCGGCAGCAGCAGCCCAACUGGCCUUUCUUUUAUGUACAACCUUCACAGCCAUACCAGCCCUACCAGUGGCCCAUGCCAAUGCCUUAUGUUCCAUAUGGUGGCUUCCCUGGGAUGGGUUAUGGUAUGAUCGUGCCACCUUUGCCGCCCCCGGCUCCUUAUAUGGAUGCACCAGGCUACAUCCUUCCCCAUGCGCAGCUGCACAUGGUUGAUUACAGACGCAUGAUGGCCCCUCACUUGGCUCCUUCAAUGGCGUACCAAGCUCGCCGCUUCCGGUUCCAGCACACCACGCCGUCUGGAAGAGUCAUGGUCAGUUCAGAGGUCCAAACAGAACCUGUUUAUUCAGAGUCUCCGCAUCAUGUCUGCAAAGGUUCUGCAAGUUCCCAGACCAGUUCUGAGUCUGGAAGGGAUAUUUGCAGCAACUUUUCAUCACCUGAGCCACAUGAAGAACGACCACUAGAAGAAGCCUUUGAGAUUCCUUCAAACAAACCUCUUGCAGAUAAAGUUGCUGCAGCUAGCAAUGUUUCAUCUGUGGUUCCAAAUGGUGAAAUCCUCUUUCAGGCUGAAGAAGUUCGGAUUGAAUGCAGAGGAACUCCUGCUGAAUGUGAUGAGUAUUUGCCAGCUUGUCCAGAUAUUCUGAUGAUGGGUGCGUGCCCCUCCAGUAGUACACUGGAAGGAACAGAUGGUACCCAAGUAGACCCAGUCAACAGCACAGCAGCGCAUUCCCUGGUGCUGAAAGGUGAAGAUGACGUGUGUGAGAACUCCAAAAACGUUCAAUGCAAAAUCAUGCGACUUCCCUUUGACCUGCAGUGUUUGGAUCAGUUGCGGCAGAUGGAAGCCUCUGUCUGGUCUGUGGAGUCGUUGUUGCCUUACGUUCCUUCUGCAGAGUGGAUGAUCCAGAACGGUCUUCUCACUCCUCAGAAGCCGCCUUUGACCCCAGUUAUGGAGGUUCCUGCUGAGAGUCUUCCUGAACUUCCUCAGGAGGCCAACCAAACCCCAACAGAUACAGAAUCUGCCCCACAGGAAAUCCUGCGAGGUGAAAGAGUGAUUGAAUUGGAUCGACAAGACUCUCUGACCUCCCUUGAAUCUCUCCCACCCUACCUUCCUGCAGCCAGUUGGCUGGCUGACCUUGGUCAUGUUUAUUACAGCAAACUACAGUCAGAUGUGCAGCAAGAGCCUGGCAACCUCAACGCCUGGCCAGAAGGACGACUUGGAGAGAAGACUGAAGUCUGUGAGGAGUCAAAGAUCCAGUCAUCAUCAGUUAGCCUCAAAUCAGGAUCUGUACAUUUCAAAGAGGAGACAGUUGCUCCUAAAGGUAAGACAAGUGGGCAUGACCUUUCUGAUCAGGAUAGUUGUCCAGUUCCACCCCGUUCAGGCAAACCGUGCUCAGCUAAACGCAAGGCCCGAAUCUGUAAGAGCUGCCUGCUGAAGUGGAAGGGAGACAACAUUUCUGGAAGCCCAAGCCCCCCUAAAGCCAACUGUACAAAACAUCACCAUACUUCUCAUUCUCGUUUGUCAGGAGAUAAAUCUAAACCUCACCUGUGUGUGCUCUGUUUGAGUGACCCUGAGAAGGCGGCUAAGUGCAAAGCUAAUGCAGCUGUUCCAGGUCUGAUUGAUGAUGAAACGGAAGGAGAAGUCUCUGAAAACAGCUUGAACCCUUCAGGUGGCUCAAAGAAGAGAUCUGUUGAAGCCCAAAAGAGGUUAUAUAAUAAUUCCCAAAAGGUGCUUUCAGGUCGACACUCUGAGAAAUGCCCCAUGUCUCACCAGUCCAAGCUUAGAGAGCAGAAUUGCUCUUGUGAUGACCCGAAAGGUCUGCCUAAUUCCAGCCCACCAUGGAACAGUAAUAAUGGACAUGGCCGACAUCAUGGUGCCACUCAGGAAAAUAAUGAGGAAAACGUGGCUGUUUGUGCAACGGAAAGGUGGAGAGAUUCUGAGCAGAGGUUCAUUUCACAGAAACAGAAAGAGAGGUCAUGGAGAGGAAGUGUGCAGGGAUCGGAUACAGAGAGUAUCAAAAUUAUGAGACCUCACAAUAAACCAAAACAACAUGCACCAGCACAAGAUAUUCACAGAAGAGACACAAGAUGCUGAGGACACUAUUGCACAGUUAUCAAAUGAUUUAAGGCCACUUCAUCACGUUUUAAUGUCACAAUGAUUUAAAUUCCUUUAAGACUGAUCACAACUCACUUUUUUUAUACAGUGAUUGAAUAAAGCACUUUUUGACGUUUAAA